GAUUCGGCCCUUUUGGGGAACACACUGUGAAUGCCAGUUGGAUUGCGGUCCAGGAGCUGGAGAAGCUAGGGCUUGGGGACAGCGUGGAUCUGCAUGUGUAUGAGAUUCCAGUGGAGUAUCAGACAGUCCAGAGGCUCAUCCCUGCCUUGUGGGAGAAGCACAGUCCCCAGGAGAUCACUGUGUUAUCUGGUGCUACUGGUUUAUGGAGGACCAGGUAACAGCCUUAGUGCCAGGCAUCCAGUAGCAGAUAAAGCAGCCCAGGAGCUUUUAAUCACACAGCUGGUGGUGCACGUAGGCGUGUCAGGCAUGGCAACCGCAGUCACGCUGGAGAAGUGUGGACACAACAAGGGUUACAAGGGCCUGGACAACUGCCGAUUCUGCCCCGGCUCCCACUGCUGUGUGGAGGACGGGCCUGAGAGCAUUGACUCCAUCAUCGACAUGGAUGCUGUAUGUGAGAGGGUCACUACACUGGGCUUAGACGUGUCAGUGACCAUUUCACAAGAUGCAGGCAGGUACCUCUGCGACUUCACCUACUAUACCUCGCUGUACCAGAGUCACGGCCGCUCGGCCUUUGUCCAUGUGCCCCCUCUGGGCAAGCCGUACAAUGCAGACCAGCUGGGCCGGGCACUUCGGGCCAUCAUUGAGGAGAUGCUGGACCUCCUAGAGCAAUCAGAAGGCAAAAUCAACUGUUGCCAUGAACACUGACGGCUGCCCAGGCCUCCCAAGACCUCAUCCUGCCGAGGAGCCUGGGAGAGACGUCCGCCCCCCGGGCCCUGACCGGGCAAGACAAGCACAUCCAGCUGGGGUUCUGACUUGGAUCAAAUAUGCCAGCUUGCACACCUCCUCUCCCUUUUUCUCUGUGUAAGCGCUGGUUGGUUGGAAGGCAGCAACUGAAGAUUUUAUUUUCUAUUUCUCUUUGCACCUGGGGAUACAGCUGGGGCAGUCAGGAAGCUGGGAAGUCCUGAUUUCUACCGAGAACCCAGAUCAGGUGGAUCUCCACUCUGGGAUGGCUGGGGCCACCUGCUUUUCUAAGUCUGUGGUGGAAGGAUUCCAGAAUUCCCUCUGUCCAUGACUGGUUUUUUUCCCAAAUUGAAAAUCCUCACGAACACCCUUUGCCCUGAUCCAUGUCCCAACAGCCUGGACAGCUCCGGCAAGGACCAACUUGGGAUCUGGCACGGGUUCUUUUUCUUUCUUUCUUAUUCUGUUUUUAAAAGCAGUAGUGCCAGUUUGGGCACAGAGUUAUUUAUAUUCCCUUUGGUCAAAAUACGGGCUUUAGCCGAACACAAAAGUGUCUUUUCUCUUUCCUGGAGUGUAGCCGCUUCUGCCUCUGGCUUUGAACACUGGACCUACAUUUUUUGUUUUGGGGGUGACAUUAAGAUCCCCUUGUUCAGCGGGGGUGGAGGCUAGGCCCUUGGCCAGACCACGGGGAGAGGGAGUUGCUGCUGCCCCAGGAGACUGAAGGGGUUGGCUAAUCCUUUAACAACCGAGCUGUGAGCUGUGCCUAUAGGACCUCCGGAGGUGGGCCACUGGUGGGAAAGCAGACUGUCAUUUCAACACACACACUUUUUUUUUUUAAUAUGUAAAAGUGUGUAGCAACUAGAAACCUACCCCACAUCUGGCCUGGAUCCUCAGUCUUGGUCUGGGGGCCCAGCUUCUUGUUGCCCUCAGGAGGGGGGCAGAAUGGAGGCUGGCGCUGGGCUCCGCGUGUGCUGGUGUGUUUGGCCGGGAGGGCUGCAGGGCGGCCAGCGAGCUUUCGUGCAGCUUAGUUUUGGACACGCCUUGGACUUGGUAAAUUUUUAUCUCACUCCUUGAUGAUUUUGAACUGACCAGCCAGGGAUGCGCAUCUCCCAGGAGGCAACUAAAUUCAGCUGGACCUUGACACCCAUCAGAGAGAGGGGGUUGGCAGCAGCAACCAUGAGGAAAACAACCGUUUGGAAAGUAUUCCUCUGUUUCUUUGGAGAACACACAGUUUGAUCUCUUCCCUAUGUGUGAGGCGUGCUGGUGUCUGAUGUGGUGUUAGAUCACGUUGGUGUCUCCCAGCAGGCGGUUCUUCUGAAAACAUUUGUUUUGUUUUCUUAUAUGUCCACCCUCUUUCCCUCCUGUUCCGAAGCCCAGGGUAGCUGCUGCCUCCGCUGAGCUUCUGUGCCACUCGGAGACCAGGUUGAUGGGUUUCUGAGUGAAAUGCGUUUUCUGAGUCCUGUGUUUUCUCUGGAAGGGAAGAGUAAUGUGGGGUCAGCAGAUGGCAGUGGGUGUGGACCAUGCCCUGCAGGGUGAAACGAUCGGGACCUUCUCCCUCCUCCACACCCCAGUCUGCGUUCGCAGUCUGCUGAGGAGUCUGGGCGCAGGACGUCAUUGAUCUACUCCGUCAGCCAGCUUCUGUGAGUGGAGCUUGUGGCUUUUUUAAAUGAGGGUCUCCCAGAGGUCUCACUCAGAAUGGCAUUAAACUCUAAUGAGCUCUGUUCUCUAAAGGUCUGAGGGGGGAGGCUCUGAGGAAGAAAUGGGCCUAGGCAAGCUGCAGAGGGAAGGGCGGGCUGGAAGUGAGUCAGGUUUGAGCUAAGCUGGGCACCCACUGGAACCCAGACACACCAUCCCCAGGCUCUGCAUUUUCACCUUUCUUUUGUCCUCAUUUCUUCUCUCUGUUUAAAGCAACAUGAGAUUUAGCCACUUAGAGAUAAUAACUUAUUGUCUGAUCAUUAUCGUGUGUGCGUGUCAUUUUUGUGUUCCUGCAAUGGUGUUAGAUCUCCUUAUCGAGUCAAGCCAAAGCCUUGUCCUUGUUCACGAUGCAGAGCAUAUAGCUCGUCUUUAUUCAAUCAGACAGCCAUUAAAUAUUUCACUUGCUCCCUGCCAGC